UUGUCAUCCCUUAGCAUAUUUUAUCCAUUCUAGCAUUAAAUUCCGUCGACCUAAAAUGACGUCGUUCUGUUCAUGUGGGGCAGUCAGUGAUACUCCUCCCCCUUGCUGGCGGCAAACUCAAAAGAUCCUGUGAUGAAACGCCCGUUUCUCAUUUUCAAAUUUACCACCUAGUGAUUAGGGUUUCAGAGAUUGAAAAAGAAAAGUCAGAAUCUGCACACUGUGUAUGAAGAAAUGGAAGAAUCGGCUUCCUUGGCUUGCAAUCUAGCGAUUUUAGACAGCCUGACAGACGAUUCGAUCCAAGAAAUUAUCGAAAGCUACAAUGUAUUCUGUUCUGCCACCGAGUCUCUGCUCAACGGUUCUGGUAAUCUAUCAGCAGGACCGGAGUUCGUGUCACACGUGCAUUGUCUCUGCAAGCACGGUCUGGACUCCCUGAUCCGUGAUCAGUUUCUUAGGUCACUAGAGGAGACGUUUGAGAAAAAUGGUGCGUCGAAAUUUUGGCGGCAUUUUCAUGUUUACAGCAAUAUGGAGGUUAUAGGCGAGAACAAAUUACCUGUUCAUGAUGGUGAUUUACAGCACGUGCUAUGUGAAGCUUUGGAGGACAUAUCCGUAGAGAAGAAAUAUCAGGAGAGGUGCUUGCUGAUGCUGGCUGAUGCACUACAGACACAAGAGGAGUGUAUGUCAGAAGGAAGCCAUACUUAUGAUGCAGAAAGAAUCAGUCUGUUUUCGAGAUAUCAGUUAUUGGUGUCCUCGGUUCUUAUGGCUAGUCUUCCUAGGCAUUUUCCUGAAAUACUCCACUGGUAUUUUAAGGAAAAGCUGGAGGAAUUAAGUAUGCUCAUGGAUGGAGAGAACAAGGAAAAUGAAUUUUAUGGUAAAGAUGAUAUGGAUUUGGAUGAAAAGAAUAAAUGCAGAAUCGGUGAAAUGGAUAUUGGUGAAAACAAACUGGUGAAGAACAUCGGAAAGGUUGUUCGUGAUCUUAGAAGUCUUGGAUUUAUUUCCAUGGCUGAAGAUGCCUAUGCUUCUGCUAUCUUCUUGCUUCUGAAGGAUAAAGUGCAUGAUGUGGCUGGGGAUGACUACAGGACUUCCGUUUUGGAGUCUAUCAAAGGGUGGAUACAGGCUGUGCCUCUCCAGUUCUUAAAUGCACUCCUCACUUACCUUGGUGAAUCUGUUGGUUAUGGUGGUCCUUCAUCUGGUGUGAAGUCGCCUUUAGCUUCAUCAUGCAAUCCUGGAGUUGUUACUCCUUCUGAAGGACUUGUUAGGUGGCAAUUGCGGCUAGAGUAUUUUGCUUAUGAAACAUUACAAGAUUUAAGGAUAGCCAAACUAUUCGAGAUUAUUGUGGAUUAUCCUGAGAGUUCUCCCGCAAUUGAAGACUUGAAACAAUGUCUGGAAUAUACUGGGCAACAUUCUAAGCUUGUUGACUCUUUCAUUUCUGCACUGAAGUACCGCCUGCUCACUGCAGGUGCCUCAACCAAUGACAUAUUACAUCAAUAUGUCUCAACAAUUAAAGCACUCCGGACGAUAGACCCGGCUGGAGUUCUCCUUGAAGCAGUGGGUGAACCAAUAAAAGACUAUUUACGGGGAAGGAAAGAUACCAUAAAAUGCAUUGUCACCAUGCUUACUGAUGGUAGUGGUGGCAAUCCAAAUGGAUCUGGAAGUACUGGGGAUAGCCUUCUUGAAGAAUUAAAUAGAGAUGAAGAAAGUCAAGAGAAUGUUGCUGUUGAUGAUGAUUUCACUACUGAUGACAAGCAAGGGUGGAGUAAUGCUGCAUGCUGGGAGCCUGAUCCUGUUGAGGCUGACCCAUCCAGGGGUAGCAGAAAUCGCAGGAAGAUUGACAUACUUGGUAUGAUUGUUGGAAUUAUUGGAUCAAAAGAUCAACUUGUCAAUGAAUAUCGUGUUAUGCUGGCUGAAAAGCUUCUAAGCAAAUCCGAUUAUGAUAUUGAUUCAGAGAUACGUACGUUAGAACUCCUCAAGAUACAUUUUGGAGAGAGCAGCAUGCAGAGAUGUGAAAUUAUGCUCAAUGACUUGAUUGAUUCCAAGAGGACUAACACCAACAUUAAAUGCACUAUUGCAAAACCAUCUCUAUGGGGUGCUGAGAGUGGGAUAUCUCUGGAAAUUCUUGAUGCUACAAUCAUAUCUUCAAAUUUCUGGCCUCCAAUCCAGGAUGAGCACCUUAUCAUACCCGAGCCUGUUGACCAGCUGCUUGUUGAUUAUGCAAAAAGGUUCCAUGAAAUCAAGACGCCUCGUAAACUAUUUUGGAAGAAAAAUCUUGGUACCAUCAAGUUGGAGUUGCAAUUUGAAGAUAGAGCAAUGCAGUUCACAGUGGCUCCCAUACAUGCUGCAAUUAUCAUGCAAUUUCAAGACCAAACAAGCUGGACCUCCAAAAGCCUUGCUGUUGUGGUUGGUGUACCCAUCGAUGUACUGAAUCGGAGGAUAAACUUCUGGAUAAGCAAGGGAGUUCUUGCUGAAUCACAGGGGACAGACUCCAAUGACCAUGUUUUUACCCUCUUGGAAGGCAUUGUUGAUCCUAAUAAGAGUGGCGCUAAUGAUGGAAGUUCUGAUGAGCUUCUACCAGGUGAUGAUGAAGGAAAAAUGUCUGUGGCAUCCAUUGAGGACCAAAUACGAAAAGAAAUGACCGUGUACGAGAAAUUUAUCAUGGGGAUGCUCACAAAUUUCGGUAGCAUGGCAUUGGAUCGAAUUCACAAUACUCUCAAGAUGUUCUGUAUAGCAGAUCCUUCCUAUGAUAAAUCACUCCAACAACUGCAAAGCUUUUUAUCUGGUCUAGUUUCAGAAGAGAAGUUAGAAUUCCGGGAUGGAAUGUACUUUCUGAAGAAGUAAUUAGGUUGAGAUAAUCAGAAUAGACUUUGCUUUGAAGUUGUACCCGAUUCCAUUGGUGAGAUCGUCGUUUUAUUGUUUUAAUGUUAGUAGAGGCUAUUUGUUUUUGUUUCAAUCUCAAAUCUCUCCUGCUUACCUUGCCAAAAUACAAAUUGAAUUUGAAUUGUUAAUGAUGGAAACUCGAUGUUAGAGCAGUCAAAGCAUCAACACUUGACGAACGUUUGGAAUAGCUUUGACAAAGUAACCAGGAUUACUGCAAUCCCGUGGAAAUUUUGGUCAUUGGUAAUGUUACAAGCCUAUGACAGCCAACGAUACACAGGUUUUUGAAGAGUUUAGAUUUUGCAGCAGUUUGUUAUUCCAAUCAUCCCAAAUAUCCUGUUCUGGAGUUGGAAGUUUUCUUCAACACUGUAAAUUAUUAGGGUCUAAUAGUAGCUGGGUCUAAGAAGGUUGCUUUCAAUUUAUGUGCUGUAAAAUUUUUCUUUUUGAAGGAAAAAAAAAAGAAGGCUGCUUUUUCAUCUUGCCUGCAGAAGACUCUUCUUACUUAAUGAGCAUGGAGUCCAGAAUUAGGCAGGCCUGAAAUGUUGAUGAAAUCUCAUAAACGGUUACUGACAUUCUUGUGUAUUUUUAUCAAAUUUAGGAUGGAAUAGUCGUAGUAAUUUGUAUUAUGUAGAGAUACUCCUAUCUUAAAUGAAAUGCCCUGUAGUUUUGGCACCCUGCAUGUUGAAAACUUAAGCAGGAACUGGAAUUGACCACCCGUCCCCUGAUAAUCAUAGAACUGAUGUUGCAGUCGGUA